AUGCUCCCGGUCGCCACCUCGGAGGACGCGCUACGUCCCACCAAGCUGACUCCCGAUGAUCUAGCACGGCUCUUUUUGGAAGAUGAAGACGAGCUAAUCCUAUGUACCGAAGCCUUCCCGCAGCAACGCAUAAUACCUUCCGCUCCGCACGUGCUCACGGCCUACAAGCGAGUGGACAAGAAAGUCAGGCCCGUGAGGGGAAUAUUCCCAGUAGCUAGUCAGGUAACUCGGACCCGACCUACCGAAUCUGCUCUGUUUGCAUCCAUGGAACCCUUACCGACGCAGCCCCCAGUGUUCGAACCCUCCGGCAGGCUGACCAAGGACCGUCUGGCAGGUAUGGAUAUCAACAAGGAAGGAUUCAUGUGGGCCGAAGAGGAAAAGCUGUUUGCCCACGUACUAAAGCUCAAUCAGGACGCCUUGGCCUUCGAGGAAAACCAACGAGGAACGCUCAAGGAAUCCUACUUCUCCCCCUACAUCUACGUGACCGUGCCGCACACGCCCUGGGAAUACCGUAACAUUCCCAUUCCACCGGGCAUCCACGAUAAGGUGAUAGAUCUCCUCAAGGAAAAGAUGCAGGCCGGGGUUUACGAACCGAGUCAGUCUUCUUACCGAUCUCGAUGGUUCUGCGUGCUAAAGAAAAAUGGGAAG